AUGGUGGUGCCAGGUCGCUGUGCGCGUACGGCUGUCGGGUCGUGUCCAGGGUCUACCACCACUUACUCCCUCGUGUCCGUGAGCACCUCUACGGUAUUCUUCUCUUGUCUCUCCGGCACCUUCACCCAGAGAGUGUGCAAAGGGAGGAACGCCAAGAGGAAACGGAAGUCGAUGGUGGAGACCAUGGAUGGCGGAACUGACUCCUUGGCCCUGGACAGCAGCUCGACGCACUUCGGGGACGAUGAGCCUGAGCGGGAGGCCUCUGGAGGACACGACAGCCUGGGGAAAAUAGGCUACACGAUAUGGACGACCACCAAGACGACCUCCACCGUCACCGUCCUCUACACCAACACGGCGUCCACGGUGAAAAUUUCGUACUACUGCGUGGCUGGAGGCGUCCAGUAUCCGAGCGUCAACUGCUAGGGCGCGGGCGGCGCCUC